AUGGCAGAGCGCAGCGUGCAAGAAGCGCUCGAAGACAUCUUCGGUUCCGACGAAGAAAACGAGCAAGUUACCGCACCGUCGGGGACUGUCGAUGAGCAGACCACCACCUUGGAUGUUGCAGCGAGCAGGGGUCUGCAUGAUCACCUUAGCAAGCAGCCUAGCGAUACGCACGAGCCGAGCGUACCCCAGGUUGACGCUUCUGGGGAUACUGCAUCCCGUACCGAUGACUUCAUCGACGUCUCUGCUGCCGAUCCGGAGCUGCUCCGUGAGGACCCCGAUGACGUGAUUCGAACCGAGGGUGGAUGGUCAUCCCGCUCUGCAAGUGAGGACGAGGAUCAGUUGAGCGAUGAGGGUGCUCGCCAUCCAUUGACCGCAUUCGAUCGCACCAUGCGGCAGAUCCAGUCUCGUAGGCAAAGAAAGCAAAUCACCAACCGGGAAAGUGAAAGGGAUGCAGAACGAAUCCUGGAAAAGAUGCGCUCUGCUUACGAUGCGGAUCUCAUUAUGGCGAGGUUGGGCCGCCCAGCGCUCGCAAAACUUCGCCUUUUGCCGGAAGUGGAUACUGAGCUGCGGCGGAAAGAGAUCCGAACAACACUCAUCCGCCGCGGGCUCUUUGAGGUGCUUCGACGCUGGUUGGAUCCGUUGCCAAACGGGGCGCUACCCUCGAUUGACGUCCGCUCAACAUUGAUGGAUAUUCUGCUUACGUUUCAGACGAGAGUGAGCGAUUCAGAGGAUGAACUCGAGGAAGAAGAGACCGCAACCGAGUUGCAACGCUCUUCGGCACGACGUGCAGGAACCAGAGCGUGGGAGCGCGCGCUCCUGAACUCCGGCCUUGGGCGUUGUAUUCACUACUACAAGCUAUAUGAUCCAGACCCCGCUUGUCAGCUCAAAGCAGAGCGUCUGGUGAUGCGCUGGGCAGCUGCAGUGCUGCACUCCGAUACAAACUAUCGCAACGCCUUGCAUAAGCGUUACGAAAUGGUGCCGGCUCGGAGCGGCUCGCAAGCGCAACGUCGAGAAACACCGAACAGAACCUCUGGUGCAACUGACUUGCCGGCAAAGCACGAAACUGCGAGCAACGCUCCAGGUUUACCGGCCACCGCGACGCCGGAUCAUUUCACAAACCCGAUGAAGUCAAGCGCACCUGCGGUGUUAGCCGCGGCGCUUCCCGAACGUCCAUCAGGCGACUGGAAGCGGAUCCCACAGGUUGGAGAGUUACCUGCUGUUCCCCGGAUGCGCUCCGUUCGAGAGAAACAAAUGAGCAAACACUUGAAACGGAUUCGCGAUACGGUUCAGAUGAGCGGAUUCGAGCGCGGGGUCUCGACAACGAGGUAG